GAUCGAUAUAAUUUAUAUACAUUUAAUUUCAACAUUUUAACCUUUGUAAUUUGCUUUCUUACUGUUUUAAAUAAAUUAUUUGCGAAUUUUCGAAUUUCCUCGAACUCAUAUCUGUAAUAUUGAAAUUAUCAUAUAGUGCACUUAAUUUGACAAGCAAAACAAAGCAAAAUGAUGAAAUAAUCAAAAACAGCGAAAUAUCAAUGAGAAAGCUGAUAAACGAUUGUGGAUAGGAGAAACUGCAUCAGAGAUUUUCACUAGAGAAAUUUACAGGAAACUGUAUUUAAUAUAUAAAACAGUCUAUUUUUUAUAUAAUUAUUUGUGAGGUGGAAGAACAAUUUGUGUCUGAGUUCAAAGGUGACGUGUGUAAACAUUGCGAUACACAAGCAAAAAUACUACGUGAAAAAUAUGGCUUGUGUAGCAACAACUACUGGCAAAGAAUCAACGGCAGCAGUGAAUGGUUCAAGUAGUAAUAGUGGUGUCAUUGGCACAGGCAGUGUUGGAAAUGCAAAUGCUGUAGGAGCUGCAGGAUUAGUUAAUAGUGCGGGUGGUAGCGGUACGGUACCAAGCGCAGCAGCAGGUGCAGGAGUCACUGGGAGUGGUUCUGGUAACACCGUAGGUGCGGCAGGUGUUGGUGGUGGUGGCACAGGCAGUGGUGUUGCAGGAACUAGCGGUUCAACUAGUGGUGCCACUGGCAAUUCGAAUGCGAAUCGUCAGGCACGAUUUGCCAUGGAAGGUGUUGGUGCGCGUGUAAUACGUGGCCCAGAUUGGAAAUGGGGCAAGCAGGAUGGCGGCGAGGGUCACGUUGGUACUGUACGCAACUUUGAAUCUUCCGAGGAGGUCGUUGUCGUUUGGGACAAUGGCACGGCCGCUAAUUAUCGCUGUGCCGGCGCAUAUGAUCUACGCAUACUGGACAGCGCACCGACUGGCAUCAAGCAUGAUGGCACCAUGUGCGAUACCUGCCGGCAACAGCCGAUCUUCGGGAUACGCUGGAAAUGUGCUGAAUGCAUAAAUUAUGAUCUUUGCUCGAUUUGCUACCAUGGUGAUAAACAUCAUUUGCGUCAUCGCUUCUAUCGCAUUGCGACACCAGGUGGAGAACGUAUAAUGUUGGAGCCACGACGCAAAUCGAAGAAGGUAGCUGUGCGUGGUAUAUUUCCGGGCGCGCGUGUAGUCCGUGGCGUCGACUGGCAAUGGGAGGAUCAGGAUGGUGGUGUCGGUCGACGUGGCAAGGUGAAUGAAAUACAAGAUUGGUCUUCGGCAUCACCGCGCUCGGCGGCCUAUGUCGUCUGGGACAAUGGCGCAAAGAAUUUGUAUCGUGUUGGAUUUGAAGGAAUGGCUGAUUUAAAGGUGGUUAAUGAUGCAAAAGGUAAUACGGUGUAUCGUGAUCACUUACCAUUACUGGGCGAAAAUGGGCCCGGCAAAGGACCGCAUGGCUUUCAUAUUGGCGAUAAAGUUACCGUUGAUCUGGAUUUAGAAAUUGUACAAUCACUACAACAUGGCCACGGCGGUUGGACUGAUGGCAUGUUUGAAUGUCUCAACAAUCCGGGCAUAGUGGUGGGUAUUGAUGAGGACCACGACAUUGUGGUUGCGUACAAUUCGGGCAAUCGUUGGACAUUCAAUCCGGCGGUGUUGACAAAAGUAUCAUCAACAACGACUGCGCAACCCGAAUUCCAAGUAGGUGACAUUGUGAAAAUAUGUUCUGACGUGGAGAGUAUUAAAAUGCUACAGCGCGGCCAUGGUGAAUGGGCAGAUGCCAUGCAGUUGACUCUUGGCAAACUAGGUCGUGUACAGCAAGUCUACCACGACAAUGAUUUGAAGGUGGAAGUAGGCAACACUUCUUGGACCUAUAACCCGCUCGCGGUUACUAAAGUGGCUUCUGCCUCUGCUGAUGGUAGUUGUGUGCCGGUUAUUUCGAGCGGCGAGCGCUUAUCUGCUAUUUUAAAGAAACUUUUCGAACCAAAUGUAUCGGGUGAUGCCACUGAAGAGUUUGUGAAAGCGGCCGCCAACGGUUAUGCUGCCCGCUGCGAGGAGUAUCUUUCAGGUGCUGUACAGCCGGCUUCUUCAACCGCUAGUGGGGCUGCUGCUGCUGCUGCCGCCGCCGUUGCUGCUGGCGCACAAGCCACAAUACCCGAUGUGAAUGGCGUAUUCGCUGGUCAUACCGCUUUGCAGGCAGCCAGUCAAAAUGGGCACACUGAUGUCAUACAAGUUUUGUUACGACACAAUGUCGACGUCGAAAUCGAAGAUAAAGAUGGUGAUCGUGCUGUGCAUCAUGCUGCUUUCGGUGAUGAACCGGCCGUCAUUGAAAUACUCUCUAAAGCAGGCGCCGAUUUGAAUGCACGCAAUAAGAGACGUCAGACCGCACUUCACAUCGCCGUCAAUAAGGGGCACUUGAAUGUGGUGAAAACCUUACUUUCGUUGGGCUGUCAUCCCAGUUUGCAAGACUCGGAGGGCGACACUCCAUUACAUGACGCUAUCUCAAAAGAGCACGAUGAGAUGCUUUCGCUGCUACUUGACUAUGGUGCCGACAUUACGUUGACCAACAACAAUGGCUUCAAUGCUCUACACCAUGCAGCACUCAAAGGCAAUCCAAGUGCUAUGAAAAUACUACUUACUAAAACCAAUCGUCCUUGGAUUGUGGAGGAGAAGAAGGAUGAUGGCUAUACGGCUUUGCAUUUGGCAGCAUUGAAUAAUCACGUCGAGAUCGCCGAGUUGCUCGUACACAUGGGCAAAGCCAACAUGGAUCGCCAGAAUGUGAAUCUGCAGACCGCCUUACAUUUGGCGGUCGAGCGGCAGCAUGUGCAAAUCGUUAAACUACUCGUGCAGGAAGGUGCCAAUUUGAACAUUCCCGACAAGGAUGGCGAUACACCGCUACAUGAGGCAUUGCGUCAUCACACACUCUCACAACUGAAGCAAUUGCAGGAUGUCGAGGGUUUUGGCAAACUUUUAAUGGGUCUGCGCAAUCCGAAUAAUAAAAAGGCCUCAGCCUCGAUUGCCUGUUUCCUUGCGGCAAAUGGCGCUGAUUUGACUUUAAAAAAUCGUAAACUACAAACACCAUUGGACCUAUGCCCCGAUCCGAAUCUUUGCAAAACUCUUGUCAAAUGCUACAAUGAACGUAAAACUGAUGAUACCGAACUGCCGGGCAAUGUAGCCGGCACUAGUUUGAAUGCACGUGCACGUGCUCUGGCCACACCAGUAGGCAUAGGCAGCGGUGUUGGUGUGAACAGCGGUGGCGGCUCGAACACCGUUCCGGUGGUUGUGGCUGGUGGUAAUAUAGGCGUUACUGGCAUUACGGGCGGCAUGCAUCAGUCGGUUUCGACUAAUAUGCCACUAAGCACAAUGAUGAAGGGUAGCGGUGCCAACAGUGCUGGCAUGGCUAACGUUGGUGCGGAUGUGCGCAAUAGUAAUACGAGUAGUGGCGGUGGCUUGAACACCCUGGCUAAAGACCUAUCACAAUCGCUGCAUGGCGCUAAUGAUGCGGCUAAGCAGUCAACGCUCGAGGAGUGUCUUGUGUGCUCGGAUGCCAAGCGCGAUACGGUGUUUAAGCCAUGCGGUCACGUUUGCUGCUGCGACACUUGUGCACCGCGCGUCAAAAAGUGUCUUAUUUGCCGUGAAACAGUAACAUCGCGCGAGAAAAUCGACGAAUGUUUGGUUUGCUCGGACCGGCGUGCUUCCAUAUUCUUCCGCCCCUGUGGCCAUAUGGUCGCGUGCGAAAACUGUUCGGGCUUAAUGAAGAAGUGUGUGCUUUGUCGCACACAAAUUGAAGAAAUCUUGCCGUUUUCCUUAUGCUGUGGUGGAGCUGGCAUUGCCGAAAAGGUUCACGGCGUUGGUCAUUGCCUGACGGACGAUAAGUCCAAGGAAAUGCAUUGCGUUAAUACUUCGGGACAUGGUGUAGCUAUGAAUAACACUGUGCCAGGUGCAAUGAGUACGCCGAUUGCCAGCGCGAAUCAAUUGAACAGUCAGAAUAAUAUUUUGGCUAAUAAUGCGGCAGCGGCUGCAACAGCUGCGUCGAGUGUAUUGCUGGCACCAUCAAAUGUGAACAAUUUUCAAAUGGACGAUGUGCAAAAACUCAAGCAACAGUUGCAAGAUAUCAAGGAGCAAACAAUGUGCCCCGUUUGUUUUGAUCGCAUCAAAAAUAUGGUAUUUCUUUGCGGCCAUGGCACAUGCCAAAUGUGUGGCGAUCAGAUAGAUGGAUGUCCGAUUUGUCGCAAAACUGUGGAGAAACGAAUUUUGUUAUUUUAAAAAUGCAUACAGCGCAAAACCUGCAACAAUUAACAAAAACUUAUACCAUCAUUACAAAGAUCAUUCGAAACUCCUAUCUGCAUUCCUUUACACCAUGUCCUUUAGCUACUACAGUAACCCAGUACUUUUUACUGCAACUAAUUGUAUUUCGUAUGCAAAUACUACUGCUGUAUAUUUCAAAUCUUCUGUUUUGUCGAUUUGAAAAAAAAAAACAAAAAGAAUAGUAAUAAAUAUCGAUAUACAUAUGUUUUAUGUAGUAACCUAUUCGAAAUUUAUACUCAAAAUUAGCUAAUAUUUCAUAUUCAUUUUUAACAUGCACGCGUGCACACAUUCAUACCAUUCCUCAAUUCGUUUAUUAAGUUUUCAUUUACGUUUCUAUGAAAUAUUAUAUAUUCUCACAUAAUUGCAAUUGGCUUAGCACCAGUAGAU